AUGGCCACCAUGAAUUCCAGUGUUCUGGCUUGCAACUACGCCAUUUCCGGCGCUGGAUCGGCCGACCUGAACUCUAAACUCACCGCCGUCCCUUCUGUUGCGUCCCCUGGGGUUGUGGGUUACAAGUUGCCGGCUAUUAGGGCUCAACAGGCUAGGGUUCCUGAAGCUAAGAACGAAGGAAGGAGGACUGCGCUUCUUUACCUUGGAGCCACCCUCUUUGCUGCGGCUGCGGCUGCCUCUAACUCCUCUGCUAAUGCUGGAGUCAUUGAAGAUUAUCUUGAGAAGAGUAAAGCUAACAAGGAAUUGAAUGACAAGAAAAGAUUGGCAACAAGUGGGGCAAACUUUGCAAGGGCAUACACCGUUGAAUUUGGAACAUGCAAGUUCCCAGAGAACUUCACAGGGUGCCAAGAUCUUGCCAAACAAAAGAAAGUUCCAUUUAUAACUGAUGAUUUGGAAUUGGAGUGUGAAGGGAAGGACAAGUACAAGUGUGGUUCCAAUGUCUUCUGGAAAUGGUGAAGAGAAGAGAGCCAUUUUAAAGGCUUUGUAUCCCUCACCACCAUUACUCAGUCUUCCCCUUGUAUCUAAUUUUCAACUAUUGAUAAGUGUGAAAUUUUAUUGUUUGCCUUUUUUGGGGA